UCCCGCCUCUUCCGCUUCUCCAGCGGAGGUGGCGGCGGCCGCGGCGGCGCCUGCGCGUCUCCUGUCAGGGUCAGCAGGCGGGUCCCCUGGGCGCUCCACCUGCGCGUCGCGGAGCCGCGCCCUGGGGGAUCGAUGGCGAUGAACUAUAACGCGAAGGAUGAAGUGGACGGCGGGCCCCCGGGUGCUCCGGGGGGCGCCGCCAAGAACCGGAGGCCGGAUAACACGGCCUUUAAACAGCAACGGCUGCCGGCUUGGCAGCCCAUCCUGACGGCGGGCACCGUGCUCCCCACCUUCUUCAUCAUCGGCCUCAUCUUCAUUCCCAUUGGCAUCGGCAUCUUCGUCACCUCCAACAACAUCCGUGAGAUCGAGAUUGAUUAUACCGGAACAGAGCCUUCCAGUCCCUGCAAUAAAUGUUUAUUUCCAAAUGCGACACCUUGUUUUUGUACCAUUAACUUUACGCUGGAACAGUCAUUUGAGGGCAAUGUGUUUAUGUAUUAUGGACUAUCGAAUUUUUACCAAAACCAUCGUCGUUAUGUGAAAUCUCGAGAUGACAGUCAAUUAAAUGGAGAUGCAAGUGCUCUGCUUAAUCCCAGUAAAGAAUGUGAGCCUUAUCGAAGAAAUGAAGACAAGCCAAUUGCUCCCUGUGGAGCUAUUGCCAACAGCAUGUUUAAUGAUACAUUAGAAUUGUUCCUGAUUAGCAAUGAAUCUCAAUCUACACCUAUUCCUUUGCAAAGGAAAGGUAUUGCUUGGUGGACAGAUAAAAAUGUAAAAUUCAGAAACCCUCCUGGAGGAAAAGACCUGGAAGAACGGUUCAAAGGAACAACAAAGCCAGUAAACUGGGUUAAACCAGUAUAUAUGCUGGACUCUGACCCCAAUAAUAGUGGAUUCAUAAAUGAGGAUUUUAUUGUAUGGAUGCGUACGGCAGCAUUACCUACUUUUCGUAAGUUAUAUCGUCUUAUAGAACGGAGAAAUGAUUUACACCCAACACUACCAGCUGGACAAUACUACUUGAAUAUCACAUACAAUUACCCUGUACAUUCUUUCGAUGGACGGAAACGGAUGAUCUUGAGCACUAUUUCAUGGAUGGGAGGAAAAAACCCAUUUUUGGGGAUCGCUUACAUCACUAUUGGAUCCAUCUCUUUCCUUCUGGGAGUUGUACUGCUAGUCAUUAAUCAUAAGUAUAGAAACAGUAGUAAUACUGCUGACAUUACAAUUUGAUUUUAUAUUCUGAAAACAGAUUUACUGCAUGUGCAUCAAGGCCAGUCCUAUUCAACCUAGCUUUCACACGCUGAUGUCUGGUUAGUAUGUCAUUUUUGAAGUUGACACAUAAUUUUUUUUUUAAACAGUCUGUGUCUUUGCUUCUUCCUUGCGAUGACUUACGAACAUAUAUGUGGGCAUAAGACAAAUUAGCUAUAUUGAUCAUAUCAACACUGUAACUGCUGAAACGGCAUUCUAAUUGUUUGCUUUGGGGGGGUUAGGACAGGCCAUAUGAUGCAUAGAGCCUCCUUCCUGUGAAAUGCUUAAAUGUUUCUGCCGUGUGGAUAAUAUCAUAAUGACAUUUGAUGCUGUAUGCGUGUGUUUGUUGUGUGGAGAAAGAGAUUGCAAGAUGUAUGAGUAUAAUGACUACUUCUGACCUUCAGGAUUCAGAGUUACAGAAAGGUGAAGAAAGACCGAAUCUAAAUAAAAUACUUCAUCCUUUUCAUGUGUCGUGUGUAGAGGCUUGAAGUACCAUCUUUGCUGAGAUGGUUUGUGUAUUCAACUUAGGCAGUACAGCUCUGUAUCCAGCUCAGCUUUGAUUUCAGAGGACAUGCUUACCUUGUCUAGCAUAGGAGUGAAUGCUCAUGUGUGUGAAGAGGUCAUGUAGAUCUCAGGUAGGAGAAUUUAAAAUUCCUCUUUCCAAUUUGGUUGCUGUGUUGCAGCCAGGAAUCCCAACUCAUUUGAUAGAUCUUUAUAUGUGAGCGUCUCCCUUGAAGCUUGCACUUUAUAGGGGACAAAAGAGUAUGGGGGGUGGUGGGGAAACUUGGCAGAUCUUCAGCUUUUGCAUAACACAUUAAAGUUCAGAGGAGACUGCUUUCCAUGCUUGGGGUACUUAACAUUCAGAAAUUUGCUUCAGCAUUGGAAAUACCUCAAGCUGUUUUUAUUUUGCAGGUAAGUACUAUGAAUAUAUUCCUCUCUAUUGCAGACAGUUUUUACAUUUAGCUCAAAUAAGGGCAUGUAUGUUCUUCAGUUAAGGCGCCAGUUGUUUUGGUUGAUUUUUCUAAAACAUACUUUAAAAAGCAUUUCUUUAAAUUUCCCAAUUCUGGAGUUUUUGGAGUAUGUACAUGAUACAUUAUAAUAUGUAUGGUUGAAAUUAUUUUCUAUUAACUGGAAUUAUUUUAAUAUUCCUUAUUGAAUAAAUGCCGUAAUGUGUUUGCUAUGAAUCUUAUUAUUGAAUGUAAGCCUUUUUUUUUUUUCAGAAUGCAUGCAAAUGUAUGUCUUAAUCAGUGGUGGUUUAAUUGCAUUGAUUUUAUUUAUUUAUUUUUUUACUAAGAUAACAUAUGUUUGUAUAGAAGAAUGUCUGUUUAAAGUUAUGGUUUCCUUCAGUUAUAUUUUAAAUCAAAAAGUCUGGGUAAUGUAUCAAUAUUGAUUAAUAUGCUUUUUUAUAAAAACAGAAUAAUGUAAUGGUUAAUAGUAGAAACGUGCCAUGCUUCUUACAUUUUGUAUAACUUAAUAUUUAGUUUAAAAAACAUGUAGUUCGUGAUGACUUUUAACUGGGAAACUAUUUAUUACUUGCAUGAGCUACUUAGUAUAUGAUUACCUUGAAAUUUCUGAGUGUGUGGGAUAAUCUUUGUUUAAAAAAUGCCCUUUGUUUUGUGGAUCCUUCAGAAUACUGUUAUUUAUUCUAAUAAUCAACCCUUUUGCACUUGGCAGUUUAUUUUCUGGUACAUACAACUGGGGAGACAGGGUUUCUUCUAGUCUUCCCAGAUUGACUUUACUCAAGAGGACUGCUCUCCUGCAUCUGUUUGUUUCUUCUCCCUCUCCCUCUCCCUUUCCCCCUCCCCCUCCCCCUCCCCUCUCCCCCUCUCCCCCUCUCCCUCUCUCCCCCUCCCCCCCUCCCCCUCUCCCUCUUCCCCUCUCCCUCUCCCCCUCUCCUCUUCUCUCCCUCCCCCUCUCUCUCUCCCUCUCCCCGUCUCCCUCUCCCCCCUCCCCCUCUCCCCCUCCCCCUCCCCUCUCCCUUUCUCUCUCUCUCUCCCUCUCCCUCUCUCUCUCCUCUCUCUCUCCCUCUCUCUCUCUCUCCCUCUCCCUCUCUCUCUCCUCUCUCUCUCCCUCUCUCUCUCUCUCCCUCUCCCUCUCCUCUCUCUCUCCCUCUCUCCUUUUUUCCCUCCCUCCCUCCCUCUCCCUUUUUUAAUUUGGUGACUAAAGGUGCCACUAGUGAAAUAUCGAAGAGCCCUUUCAACACAUUCUCCUCUGUGGCGAAGAUGAAAUCUUAACAAUAUAUUUGGAGUUUUCUCUAUUUUACAAGGACAUUGAUGGCCCAGGUUUCUUCCUGUUUGCAGCCAUGUUGCAUUCUUAAGGAAUUCCACAGGCUAAAUAUGAAGAGUAUGAAACAUUCAUUUGGCCUCUAGGAAAAGAAACCAGUCUUUCCUUUUAGGCUUUAUUUAUGCUUACCUUUUGGAAACAUUGAUGUCAAGGUCAACUUUCAAAGAAUCAUAUUGCAUUAUAAGACAACUGAGUUAAGUCCAGCAGACAUUGAAGAAUCCAUUAAAUUUGCAGAAAUAAUUUUGAUACAUGAAGUUUCCCAAUUGAAGGAAUGAUUCAAUAAGAAAAUUUCUUUCUAAGAAAUUUCACUGAAAUCAUAAGGCAGUUUACAUAUAAAUUGGUAAAAAUAAUAGCAUUGCCUAAAAGAGUUUUCAUGGAGGAAAGUUAAGGGAGCAUCAUUUGUUUAUCAGCAACAGUUUAUUUGUAACCUUGAUUAUAUUAAAAGAUACACUUUCUGUUAGUAUGCUCUGUAUAAUAAAAAUGAACAAAGUUAA